AUAAAUUAAAUAGGAUGUCUUGAGAGAAAUUAAGAGUUAAAAUUCUUGUUCUUGGUGAUAGAGAGGUGGGCAAAACCUCUUUCAUCCAAAAGUUUAUAUUCCCAGACCAAGACCGAAAGAAAAGGAAGACUAUUACUUGUGAUGGUUACAAAUAAACUUCUCCAAACAUCAGAUUCCAAACAAAUAGACCUCCGCAUCUUCGAUACAUACGCUGGUGACUCAGACACAAACCUGCCCAAAUUCAUAACCCGGAAUGUAUCAGCUGCAUUCAUCCUUGUAGAUGCAAGAGAUACUGACUGGGUUGAGACCAUUGAAAAAUGGCUAAAAGUUCUUCACCAACACGAAGAAGAGAGUGAAAUUACACAGAAAUCUUUCAUUGGAGAGUUCAAGCCAGCUCCUUUUUAUAUAAUAGCGAAUAAGGUCGACGAAUUUGCCUUCCAACAACAGAUAGAUGAAGCCUAUAAUGAGGUUAAAAGUGUUGCAAAAAAAGUUGGAGCAGAAGAUGGGUUUAUUGUGAGCUCUAAAGAAAACUGCACCCCUGUUGAUUUCACCUCAACUUUUGCUUUCAUUUCCAAUAUUGAAGAAAUUUUCAAAAUAUGCAUAGAAAAAUUAAAUUCUGAUGGUUUGCUAGUACAAGGAUCAGUCACAGUUUCAUCAGAGCCCAAAAUUACACUCCUCUAAGCCAAUCCUCUGACAAAAAGCCUACAAAAUAUAGGUGACUUAAGAGAUUCAAGUGACAGCCAUAAAUCACAAAUACAGACUCUGAAGGGUCUCUAAAUCCUUCUAUUGGGAUCACUCAAUGAGUUAAGUGCUUCAAUACCAAGCCAAAAUAUCCAAGUCUCAUACCUCCUUUUGAAACCCCUUUCUUGUGCUUCAUUUUCAAAGUCCUGAAUUUUGAAACUA